AGAGGCCACGUCGUCGUGCUAGCUUUAUUAUAAUCGAGCAAAUAAUAUAUAUUUAUACUAAUUCGUUUUGUAGUAAAAAUUUAAAAAAAUUUUCUUCUAAAAAACAUCCGGGUUUUUAUCGGAAGUGAAAAUCAAUAUCACCGUGGCCUAAAACUAGUACCUAUAAUUUGAUUCGUUCCAUGCGUGUUAGAUUUACAAAGAUAACUUGUAAAUAUGCAGUCACGGUUACUUGUAUACAAACAUAUGCUGUAACCCCAAAACCCCGUACUUUGACAUUAGUCGCAAAAGAAAAAACCAAACAAAGAACUUUCAAGCAAGCUCAAAACAUCAAUCAUGUACGGAAAUUUGAAAAACGUCGAAAAUACUGACAUGUCAAAAAUGAAGCUGCUCAAAGUCAGCUGGCGCCAUCAGUUCAACGAAUUUUUCAACAAGAGUACACUGCACGGCGUCAGAUACAUUGCCCAAUCUGAUCGACCUCUCCACGAACGGUUCAUGUGGUUCAGUUUCUUGUCCGUAGGAAUCGUCAUCACUUCGAUCAUUAUCGUAUCGCUGUGGGAAAAGUUUCAAACUAGUCCAACGAUCACUGGGCUGGAUACGGAUUUCCACAACUGGGAUGUGCAGUUUCCGGCUAUUACCGUGUGCCCAAAGAGGCCAAUGGUCGAUGAGAAAGUACAGGAGUACGUCAGCAGUGUGUAUGGAAACGACACGGAUGAAGAGACUCUAGAAAAUUUUACUCAGUUUGUAAUAGAGGUGGCGUCGUUGUCUUACAGCAACAUGGAAAAAUUUGAAGCGUUUUCCAAAUACAAAUGGUUGCCCAAGGACAAUCUAAAAGACAUAGCUUACAAAGUGGUUUAUCAUUGCGAGGACCUGUUGUACGAUUGCAAAUUCAAAGGCGAACCGUACGAAUGUUGUGUUGGUUUUGAACCGACCUUUACGGAAUACGGUCUUUGUUACAGCUUCAAUUCCAGACAUGUCGUGUUAGACUGGCCAUGGAUGUCUGAAAACUAUACCAAAUCAAGUACAGAAUACGUUUACGAAACGGACACUAAACUUGCAAUUUCGUUCAACAUGGACAACGUCACUAAAAAUCCAUUGAAAAUAUUCAUACACAGCACAGACGACAUGCUAAUCAUCGACUCGGCCCCGCAACACCUGUGGACCCGGAGAAUAGCCAAGAUCUUUUUCGACAGCAAGCAGACUUACACGACAGAAGGCGCUAGACAGUUGACGAUAAAACAGAGGAAAUGCGUUUUCCCAGAUGAAAUACCAUUGGUGACCGAUCAUAUGUACACGUUCAGCGCUUGCAUGACUCAGUGUCGGAUGGACAAGACUAGAAACUUAUGCGGAUGCGUUCCUUGGUUUUACAAGAAAAUCAAUGGUUAUGAAUACUGCAAUUUAGACGGCCUCGCUUGCAUCGCAAAAAAUAUUAAACAAAUUUUAAACGGAUUGAACUGUGCUUGUGAACUUGGGUGUAUGAACACAGUGUACGAAGUGGAAAAACUACAGGACGCACAGGCUGAUCUAGUCGACGAACCAUUAGAAAUUAGUUUUGUGUCAUGGCCCAUGGUCAGAUACAGAAGAGAAGUGCUUUUCGGUUGGGUGGACUUGUUGGUUGCAUUUGGCGGUAUUGCUGGCUUGUUUCUCGGUUUCAGUCUGCUGAGUGGAGUGGAAAUCUUGUAUUACUUCACACUACGAGCCUGCUGUAUGGUCAAUAGCAAUCCAGAGGAAUUGGAAAGAUUAAACGAAGAAUACGAACACUACGACAAGCCGGAAAUUGACUUAAGUUUGAAACCACUGUGGACGGAGAACGAAAAACCGUCAAAAAUUAAUAGUGUCAACAACAAAAACAAUCAAUUCCCGUUGCCUUUUCUGCCAUAAACGUAAUGAAUAUCAACAAAAUUUAGAAUUCACUUAUAUAAUUAGCUACAAUGAUUUUAGGUAUAUAUUUUUAACACAACUAUAAACAAAAUAAAAAUAAAACAAGUCAUUGU